CUUCGUUAUUAAUGCCUGAAAAAGUUGAACUUACGAUUGUUGACAUCUAUGCAGAAAUUGAUAUAGCCACUAUUGAAACAGAACAAAUUUCUCUUGGCUUACUCGGUGGUGCAUGGUCUCUUGCUGUUGUUGCUUAUAAAAUUCUUUUUGGUGAUGAUGCAAUUCAGCCUUUUGGAUUAUUUCAUAAAUAUGGCUAUUUUCAUGACCUAACUCAAGAAAACUUACCGUACAGCACUGACUUAA